AUGGCGAGCCGUCUGAAGGAGUACCGCUACUACCUCAGCAGCGGCGUGAGCACGGGCAUAUCGGUCAAGAUCUCAUUGGUAGAGCUGGCACCAGCCCUGGGAUGUUCCGUCAGUAGCGAUGCACCUAAGCGUGCUUCGGCCGAGACACCUCUCGCAGGACUGGAGCAGCUCGCAGGCUCGUCGUCCGAUGUACGCAACUCGUCCAUUGGCGAGAUCUUCUUGACGGCGCAGGUCUUUUCUGACGGUCUCCCGCUGCAUCCUAUGGUUGUGAGUUCUAAGAGUCCCACCAAAUGCAGUAACUCGACGAUCUACUGGAAUGAAUGGAUUUCCUUUCCCGUGCGCUAUCGUGACCUAUCUCGCAACUCUCUUCUGGCCAUGACGAUCUGGAGUGUGGGGUGGGUCCCCAUUGGCGGUUCUACCAUCUCUUUCUUUACCAAGCAAGGCGUACUCCGUGACGGUGUGCAGUGUCUUCGCAUCUGGGAAGGGCGCGAGGCCGACUCGUCUCCCGACACGAAAACUCCGUCUGAAGUCGAUGAAGAGUGGGUUAGACAAGAGUGUUUCCGACUCGACAAGCUUCGUGAGAAGUAUGAGCGCAAGGAGAUUGCGCGCAACGAAUGGAUGGACAGUGUUACAGAUCGGCGAAUUGCUCGUAUUCGAAGAGGCAGCGAGCCACCGACGAGAAAAGACGCCCUCGGACCUUUCUGCUCGUACCGUAAAGACGCUUUGUUGUGGCUUGAGAUGCCGUACUUUGGAGAUGUCGUUGUCUACGAGGAGGAGCCCUACUCGCAGCGCAAUCUGACGUCGUCCUACACCGCAGACAUGGGGUCCAGACGGAUGAAUUAUGAGCAUGGAAACAAUCCAUCUACCGUUGGGUCGUAUGAACCUCAUACACUCAGCGGGUCAUACGACCUGGCGACGACAGCAGCGCCUGCUGGAAGCAGAGAGAUGCCAAGUCUUGUUAAUGUGUGGGAUCCAGACCUUACUGAAGAUAACCCUGCCGAACGCAAGUACCGUCGGCUUGCGCGCGACAUCCUGCGCGGUUCAAUUGAUCCGAAUCUGAAGCCCAGUCGCGACGAAAAGGCACGCAUCGAGCUUUUGCUAGCAACGCCGACGGACAAUUUAAAGAACGAAGACAAGGACUUGCUUUGGAAAUUCCGCUACACUUUGACGGAUAACAAGAAGGCGGUAGUAAAAUUCCUCCUGUCUGUUGAUUGGAAAGACGAACUGGAGGUAAAACAAGCUACGGAUCUGUUAUCUCAAUGGUGCGAAAUCGAUAUUGCCGAUGCGCUCAAGCUGCUUGGCCGUGAAAAAGAGUUUAAGCACGAGAUCGUGCGCCACUUUGCUGUUUCUACUCUCGCGACAGCCAAGAAUGAAGAUCUUCUUGAUUUUCUGUUGCAGCUUGUCCAGGCUUUGCGCUACGAAAAAUCUGGCGUUGCCAUCACAUCUUCUCGUGGAGCUUUGAGUGGAGACGAAAUGAGUUGUACAGACGGACCCAUGGCUGGUGACAGCCUUGGUCCGUUAGCUCGUUUCCUUAUCGCGCGCUCAAGCACGAAUUUUCAAAUGGCCAACUACUUUUACUGGUAUUUGAAGGUGGAGGCUGGAGAGCAAACAAAGGACUCCGAGGUCUUCCACAUUGUGCUGAAUCAGAUGCUCACGCAAAUGAAGCGUGACGUGGAGAAGAAGCCGAUAUAUGACAUGCUGAUGGCCCAGCGCGAUUUCAUGAGCCACAUUUUGGCGAUCCACAACAAGGCUCGCGAAGAGAAAGGCAGGAAAGACCAAAAAGAAGAGAAGCUGCGGCAGUAUUUGAAGCAGUUCCCGUGGCCCAGGGGGGCCAUUAUUUCGUUGCCUUUGGAUCCGUGUAUUCAUUUGAGUGGAGUUGUUCCUUCUUCAGCAAAAAUGUUCAAAAGUGCGAUGUACCCGGCGGUGAUUCAGUUCCAAACAGUGAUUCCGCCGAGUGACCAGCAUCUCUGCACGAGCAUUACAGAAGGUGAAGGACAUAGCAUACCAAAUCUAAGCCAGCCGAUGUUUGGCGGAACUGACGGCAACAUUAUGCGCGAAUCGUUGCCGACCCGCAUGAUCAGUCUUUUGCACCGCGAAAAGGAAGGGCCGAUGUACAAGUUCAUGGUGAAGAACGGAGACGAUCUUCGUCAAGAUCAACUGAUCAUGCAAAUGUUCAUCCUGAUGGAUCGUUUGUUGAAAAAAGUGAACUUGGAUUUAAAGCUGACUCCGUACCGUAUCUUGGCGACAGGUGCCAACGACGGUUUGAUGGAAUUCGUCCAAGACUCCUAUCCUGUAUCGUACGUGGUCUCCCAUUUCGAGUCGCCUCAAAUCGUGGGUUUUUUGCGGAAACAUAACCCAGAUCCAAGUGCAGAGUUUGGGAUCGCGCCCGAAGCUUUAAGCACAUACGUGAAAUCAGUGGCCGGUUAUUGUGUACUGACGUAUUUGCUUGGAAUCGGAGACCGCCACUUGGAUAACUUAAUGAUGAAAGCCGAAGGUCACAUGUUUCACAUUGAUUUCGGCUUUGUAUUUGGCGCCGACCCCAAGCCUUAUCCACCUCCGUUCAAGCUUACAAAAGAAAUGGUGGAGGGCAUGGGUGGACCUACGAGCGAGCAUUACCAGAAGUUUACGACCUACUGCUGCCAAGCGUACAACUGGUUGCGCAAGAGUGCUGAUCUGAUUCUGAACUUGCUCAGUUUGAUGGCCGAUUCUGGUAUUGAAGAGCUAUCAGCAAAUCCUGCGACAACGCUACUGAAGGUCGAGGAAAAGUUCCGUCUGGAUUUGACUGACGAACAAGCCGAGCAAUUCUUUUUGGGCCUCAUUAACGACAGCGUGUCUGCUCUAUUUCCGCUGCUUGUAGACUGGAUCCACAAGGUCGCAACAAAGCUGAAGUAG